AUGCCAUCGCUGAAGACAACGAGCAACAAAGGAAGAUCAAGAUACAAGCUUGGCCUUUCGCAAGAAGAGGGUGUGGUCGGAGCACUACAAGCGAAUAUAAGUAGAAGACUUCAUGGAGGUCAAGUAACAGAUGAUAUAACUCACAAAAUAACAAAAAAUGAGCAGUGGUUUAACAAGCAAUGUUGCAUAGCUCUGAAGGAAAAAUAG